AACUCACACGCAUACAUUUUAGUAAUAAAAACAAGAGUGAGACAAUGACGACGUGUUAUCAUAUUCAACCUUUACAUUUUAAAGAUAAUAUUAAUUAUUCCUAUGUAAACAGAGUAACCGUGGAUAAAACAGAUAAUGUUGAAUUUAUUUACCAAUUUGUAAAUAUUAAUUAUUGUAUCCCAAAUGAGUACAAUUCUGAUACCACAUUUGUUAAUUAUAAAAUAACUGAGCCACCUACCAAAGUAACAAAACAUGAAGAUUUUAAAGAGAGAACUUACGGAUCAUUAAAGCACACACCAUUUGAUGCCAUACCACGGAGUGAUAUCGUGACCGAAAUACCAAAACAAUAUAUAAAUAUCGAAUUUUAUGAAGCAUGUUACCCCAUCAAACUGUCCCUGUAUGGUCCGAUAUUGGACGAUUACUAUUCUAAUGAAAUAUGGGCACAAAAAUCUGAUGAUCAAUGGGUUCCAAUAUUGGCGCAAUCUUGGGAGACUAUAUUAUCAACGUCACAACGUAAACUGGAUUGUUGGCUGUCGUGCGAUUUUAAAACGAAAAAAUUUAAAUUGGAAUCAACUUCUGUGUGUAGUCAAUUAAUUAUGAACAUUCAGAUAAAUGCUGUAAUACUUAUUGGUACAUUAGAAUAUACCCUUUCUAAAAGUCCUAAACAGAGCCUGAAUAUACUCCAACUUCAAGAAAACUUUAACAAGUAUUGCAUUACUUGUAAAAGCGAUAUAAUAAACAGUUUUUAUAAAAGUGAACUCGGAAGCAAGCAAAUGCUUCAGAUAAGCAGAAAAUCCAUUGUAACCAGAGUGUCACUUUUUAGGCAGAUAUAUAUACAUCGCUUUUUAAAAAGUUUAGAGAAUUGUUCGAAUUUUAAAAAGUGUGAGAAAGAUAAUCAAGAUAUCAAAUCUUAUUCAGAUGAGUCCAAAGAGCGAUCAUCUUGCAAUUUUUCUACGCUCUCUGAUGAAAUGACACUAAAAAUAUUAAAUAACUUAGAUGUGACGUCAUUAAGUCGCAUGAGUAGAGUCAAUAAACGCUUCAAUAAUUUAUCACGGGAUCCUCUACUAUACAAAUAUUUGAAUUUGAGGAAUAUACAUUUUUCGUAUAUGCACAUUGAUGUUAAUCAGUUAUUCGAUUACUUUACACCCAGAUGUAAAUAUUUACGACAUUUGGAUCUGACACUUUGCAAAUUUUCUACUUUGAAAUUUAGAGAAUUUUUGAAACAUUGCUGCAAGCAUUUAACGCAUCUAAGCUUAAGUCAAUGCAGGCAUAUUGGUGAUAAUCUACGUGAUAUUUCAGAAAUAUGUAAAAAUUUGAAAGAAUUGGAUCUAAAUUAUUGUCGUAACAUAACAAACAAAAAUAUUUUGUACCUCAAGAAUUUACAGUGUUUGGAAAGUUUAAAUAUUGCAGAUUUAAGAGUUAUACAAGCUGAUACUUUGUGUAAAAUACUACAGAAAAAUCGAGAGAUGCGUGAUUUAAAUUUAGGAGGUACACAUCUAAACAUCGAUGCAAUUGCAACAAAAUUACAAAAUUCAUGUCUGAAUUUGGAGAGAUUAAAUUUAAAAUGUUGCUCUUUUACAUCGCAAAGCAUUGAUGCUUUUGCCAAAUGUAAUAAAAUGAAAGAAAUUAAUUUUUCUAGAUGCGAUUUGACCAGUAGAGUCAAUGGUGAUAUCUUUGAUAGAUUGUUUUCCUCUUGUCAAUACCUGGAAAAAAUCGACUUGAGCUAUUCUAAAGGGUUCACCAAGCGUGAUUACGAAACACUAACAUUGUGCAAAAACUUAAAAUUCUUAAAUUUGGAAAGCAUGGAUGUGACACCUGACAUAUGUUCUCAACUUUUCGUGAAAUGUCCUAAACUGAAUGAGCUCAAUGUUGCAUUUUGUAAAAAUAUUAGUGAGGACUUGGUUGACCAGUGGAACGAAAAUUUUAAUGUAACUGUCGUAACUCACGAAAGAUUAUCGACUAUUAAUUCAUACUAGAAUAGAUAAAAGUUGCGUCGAUUCCAAA